AUGCCCGCCUGCAGUGCUGGCUGCCCGAGCCUUUAUCAUCAAACCCGUGCAAUCAUUCAGGAGAUCGAGCUCAAGUACACGCAAGCCAGGGCCGACAGUCUCAUCGCAGAGAAGGAGCAAGAUGUGGCUUUGCACAAGCAGCAUCCUGAUUUCCCAAGGGAUAAGGACAUGAAGCUCUACAAGUGCUGGGUCUCGGGGACAGAGAAGGAGAUUGAGACUGAGGAAGUCAGUUGGUCCUACGAACGAGAGAGUGAAGCUAUGAACAAAGCCUCGACCUAUCUUCUGGAGAUCAAGGGCUUCAAGACGAAGCUCCAGGAGAAUGGAGUGGACCAGGGGUUGAUGGAUGCCCUGCUCUCUUCGAUGAUGCAACACCAUGGUUUCAUUUCCGAGCACCGUGCCAACCUCGAGGCAGCUGUGGCUACCGGGCAGAAAGGUACACCUGACAAAGCCGAAGACCGCAUCAUCCAAGAGCAAAAGCAAGGCGAAGGCCAAAGCUACAGCUACGGCAGCCUGAUCAUGAGCCCGCCGAGUGAUGACACUGCCUUCGCCGACUACCUUUUGAAGUCCUUGGGAGUGGGUCUCGCAACCUCUAGUCUGGAUAUGAUCAUUAAUGUGGCCGAGGACAACAACCUGCUUCGAAUCAGCCCUGACGAUCUGGCUAGCUACUGGGAGAGACAAGAGGUGGAACGACAGCUGUGCUUUGCGAGCAUCGUGGGGACUGGAAGUGGGUGGUGGGACCUUUCCUUGGACCGGGAGUUCGAACGGCGCUCCAACGAGGAUGCACUGGUCAAUGCUAUGGCCCACAACGGGGCCCUGAUACAGAUUCUGUGUCAGCACAGCCCCUUCCUGCUAAUCCUAGCACAGUACUUUCCAAAUUUGCUGCAGGAUUCUUCGGCGAUGGCAAGCUCUCUGAUCAGCUUCAUCGGGCCACGGCCCGGUUCCGUGUCUGGGCUUCGGGCAACAAGCUUGAGUCACUGGGCAAUUAUCAAUUUUCGAGGCCUCCAUACGUAUACUAAUUAA